UUUUACGACCUAAUAUAAAUUUUGCGAUCGACAGAUAAUUCUCAGUAGUUACAAAUAUGGCGUCGCUCAUCAUCCUUGCUCUCGCCCUUUUUGCAGGCGCUGCCAGCGCUACUGAGCUACGUAUCGUGGGCGGUGAAACCACCAGCGUCAAUGAAUAUCCCUCCAUCGCUCAGGUCGACUUCCUCGGUACAGCCUCCGGUAUCUGGUCACAAUCAUGUGGAGCCAACAUCCUGACCAGCAGAUAUGUGCUGUCAGCAGCGCAGUGCUUCAGCGGCAUCUUCUACGACCCUAAAAACCGCCGCAUCAGGGCCGGCACCUCAUACCGCAACACCGGAGGCCAGCUCGCCUAUGUUCAAUACGCCUUCAACCACCCCUCUUACGGCCAGAACGACAUGGACGCUGACAUCACUGUAGUUCUCCUUAAAGAGCCGUUUGUGUACAAUCCAAACAUCCAGCAGGUCACCAUUGUACCUCAAGGGUACGAGAUCCCAGCUAAUGUCAGCUCGGUUUUGGUUGGGUGGGGAGCUACUCAGAUCGGAGGCCUCCAAUCAACCGAACUGCAAGCAGCGGUAGUCCGCACUAUCCCAAGAGACGAAUGCCUGGAGAUUUACAAGAACCUGACGCUUGCCAGGAACGUCACGGAGAACAUGAUCUGCACCCAAUCCUUUGACGAUGACACCAGAGACGCCUGCCAGGGUGACUUCGGAGGGCCAGUGUACUUUAGUGAUAUCCUCGUGGGUAUCUUGUCGUGGGGUCAGGGUUGUGGUGAUUACCCCACCGUCAGUACUGCUGUGUCUUCUUACACUGAUUGGAUUGUCAGUGUUGCAGUUUAGAGAUUAGGGUUGUCAAUAAAUUAUUUUUUGUGUAA